GGAUCACAUUACAGAACAAGCCAUUUAGAUAUGCUCUGAAAAAGUGGAAUUCAUACGUAACUGGGAAUGUUACGUAAGGGCGCUUAUAGGCUUGCCUGUGAAAGUUGCAGUGAGCGCAGACAGAGGAGAACCGGGUACGAGCACCCAGCCAGGUUGCAAAGAUAGAAAGAGGGCAAAAGGAAACACAUCUCAUAUGACUGAAGCACUUCCAGCUGGGGCCUCCUUCAUUUAGAUGUUGGAGAGGAUUGCGGCUGGAGACCAGAAGGCAUCAAAAGGAACAAACCGCUUCAUUAAAUACUAAUCAAGCAAAUAGAGAUUUGCAGACAAUUGGAGCACGGGGCACUCUGAAGACGGGAGGAGGCACCGACCGCACCCGUUGUUCCAUUAAAACGACGUUGGCUCCUGGCGCUCGGUCUCCUCGACUGACUCGACUUCCGACCGCGUCCGUCAUGUCGGGGGAAGAAGAGCUGUCCUUCAGCGAAGCCAUUCUGAGGGCAAGCGGCUCCAUUUCUCGCUUCCCUCUCAUCCCGGUCAGAGGAGUUCCGCUCAUGUGCAGCAUCGCCAACAAUUGGGACUCCGUCUGGUCUUUCUGUCCCGACCCCGCGGACCUCCUGAUCGCCACCUACCCCAAAGCAGGGACCACGUGGACGCAGGAGAUAGUCGACCUGCUUCUUCACAAUGGAGACGCUGAGGCCUGCAAACGAGCCCCGACCCCCGUCCGCAGUCCUUUCCUGGAGAUAUUCUCCCCCCCUCCCAUCCCCUCAGGUCUUGAUUAUCUGAAAAACAUGGAUCCUCCAAGGAUCAUCAAGACACAUCUUCCUUUUCAGUUGGUGCCGACAGGAUUUUGGGAGAACAAGUGCAAGGUUAUCUACGUGUCACGCAACGCCAAAGACAACCUGGUCAGCUACUUCCACUUUGACUGUAUGAAUAUGACCCAGCCGGAGCCGGGGCCCUGGGAGGGCUACAUCUCCAAGUUCAUGCAUGGAGAGUUGUCGUGGGGCUCCUGGUACGACCAUGUCAAAGGUUACUGGGCGGAGAGAGAGAAGAGGAACAUUCUUUACCUUUUCUAUGAGGACAUGAAAGAGAAUCCUCGGCGUGAGGUGGAGCGCAUCAUGAGGUACCUGGACCUGUCCGUCUCUGAUGAGGUCAUCAGCCGGAUUGUGGAGCUCACGUCCUUUAAGAACAUGAAGGAGAACCCGAUGACCAACUACUCCUGCGUCCCGCCGCCGGUUUUUGAUCAGUCCAUCUCUCCCUUCAUGAGAAAAGGUGAAGUAGGUGAUUGGAGAAACCAUUUUACACCCGAGCAAUCCAAGAUGUUUGAUGAAGAUUAUGAAAAGCAGAUGAAGGGGGUCAACAUACCAUUUAGAGACCUUAUCUAACGGGUUUGUUUUUUCCCUCCAAACUCUUCAAACCAAAGACAUAUUUGACACUGUGCAGCAGUCAAAAGGCAGAGAUCCUGUCAGAAGCUAGAUACCAAAACAAAAGAUUUGUUUGAGGUUGCUUAUGUGAGACCCUGUGCCGCCUGCCGUGCAGAUAGAAAGGAAAUCCUCUGUAUGGGUAUUUUAAGGAUCAAUAAAAAAUGCUCUCCACAAUACAAGCCCAUGAGUUGGAAAUCAUCAUUUUAUUGCAGCUUAUCACGUAAACAAUAUAUAAGACCACAAGUGUUGUGACGAAGUGGACGUGCCCAUUUCUGACGUCACGAGCCCUCCAACGAAGUCAGCUGACCGCAUGGAGCCCGUAGAGUGCUGGCGCCCGGAGGCGCGUGGCUUUUCUGCCCAUAUGAAGUCAUUUUGCAACCCUACAGCACACUGUACAAAGCCCAGCCAAAGGAGGGAGGCUGCACGAGACACGAGCAACGAAGGACU